CACAAAGCUUCGCCCCGAGUUGCAGUUGCGUGUGGCUUGCCUCUCUGAACUGGGUUUUAGGCAGCCAUGGCAGUUGCUACACGUGUCUCCCACAGAACCCAUUCCGCCAUUAGUCCCACCUCCGUUUUGGCUCUGGCUUGCCAUUUCUUGCUUCUGGUCUCUUCAGCCAUCACUCCCUGUUUUGGGUUUUCUGGUGUUGGAGGAGAAGAUGAGGGAAACAGAGGAGGGGAUUUGUAUCCUGAAAUUUUGAGGGAUGAAGCUGUGUCAAGACUUCAUCAGCUUGGAAAGGUAAGUGAUGGUGAUGGCUAUCUUGAGAGGAUAUUCAUGAGCCCGGGGGCUGUGAGGGCAGGAAAUCUAAUCCGCGAAUGGAUGGAGGAUGCUGGUUUGCGAACGUGGGUUGAUUGCUUGGGAAAUAUACAUGGUCGAGUUGAGGGAAGGAAUGCUAGUGCUGAAGCUCUGUUAAUUGGUUCCCAUUUGGACACUGUUGUCGAUGCCGGGAUAUUUGAUGGGUCUUUAGGCAUAAUUUCUGUGUUAUCAGCAUUGAAGGUUUUGAGUAUCAAUGGCAAGUUGGGAGAACUAAAGCGGCCAGUUGAGGUAAUUGCGUUUAGUGAUGAAGAAGGAGUAAGGUUUCAAUCUACAUUCAUAGGAAGUGCUGCCAUAGCUGGAAUUUUACCAGUUUCAGCACUGCAAAUAACUGAUAAAAGUGGUGUGACUAUUCAAGAUGCUCUUAAGAAAAACUCCAUAGAAGUUACAGAGGAGCACUUGCAGCAGCUCAGAUAUGACCCAAAGUCAGUUUGGGGUUAUGUUGAGAUUCACAUUGAACAAGGGCCUGUACUGGAGUGGGUUGGUUUUCCUCUAGGAGUUGUUAAAGGCAUAGCUGGACAGACAAGACUAAAGGUUACGAUGAGAGGUUCCCAGGGGCAUGCCGGAACAGUUCCAAUGUCCAUGCGUCAUGACCCUAUGGCUGCUGCUGCAGAAGCCAUUGUAUUAUUAGAAAGCCUAUGUAAGCAUCCUCAAGAUUUUCUGUCUUUUGAUGGUCAAUGCAAAAGUUACUCAUUAGAAUCACUUUCAACUUCACUCGUUUGUACUGUUGGUGAGAUAUCGACUUGGCCAAGUGCAAGUAAUGUUAUUCCAGGACAGGUAACAUUCACAGUAGAUUUACGUGCAAUCGAUGACAUGGGUCGUGAAGCUGUUGUAUAUGAAUUUUCCAACCGAUUGUAUCAAUUAUGUGAUAGGCGUUCAGUUUCGUGUACAAUUGAUCGUAAGCAUGAUGCAAAUGCAGUCAUUUGUGAUUCUGACCUGACUUCGAAGCUGAAGUCUGCUGCUUAUCUUGGGCUCAAGAGAAUGACAGGUUAUGUUCAGGAUGAAGUACCUGUAUUAAUGAGUGGAGCAGGACAUGAUGCAAUGGCUCUGUCUCAUGUAGCUAAGGUGGGUAUGCUUUUUGUCCGCUGUCGAGGAGGCAUAAGUCACUCCCCUGAAGAACAUGUAUUGGAUGAUGAUGUUUGGGCAUCUGCUUUGGCAAUCCUGGCAUUCAUAGAGACUCAGCUCUAGAUUGGAACAUUUUUUUCGACAUUACUGUAUAUAUAAGAGAAAUCUGAAUAAUCUAGUAUGGGACAAUUGUACAGUAUCAUGAUGGGUCUUGUAUGACAAUUCUUUUAUCAAGUACAAACCUAAAAUUAAGGGAUCAUAUAUACCAUGCAAGUCUGCAAUGUGAAGCCCCUGCAUUACUGAUUUGCAGCACCAUUUUGGCUA